CUUCUGGUUGUUUCCAAUUUGAAAACGCUAAUUUGAAUGCCAUGGUACCUCUGUCCUUUCCAUUUUUCUAGUUUAUUUGGUAGUAUGUGUAUGUCAGAGUGCCCAUGGACAUGGUUGUUUGUACAGUCAGGUGUAGCCUGGAGUCCUUGGUUACCUGAGAGGUUGAGCAGGCAGAACUGUGACUGCUGUAGAAACUGCAGGUGCUCGGGUUCACCCUGCCAGCACAUCCUGACAGUUCUGCUUUGAUUGUUGGGGAGCUCUCACAGGCAACUUGCUCUGUUCCCAGGCUGAUGAGGGGCACAUUCUCCCCAGAGCACGGCCCUCAGUGUUCUUCCUCUGAUGGCUGUCGGGAGAAAAUGUGACUGCCUGUGACUUACUGAGAGGAUUGGUCUGUAGAGAAGGUUUGGACUUGGUCACUCAUCCUGAAUGUCUUGCCCCAUGCUCUUUGCCACUGAAAGCCCACUGGCAGCCCCUCAUUUGCUGGUGCUGCAUCAUUUGAUUAAUGCAAGACAUCUUUGAGGGGGCUGUCUCAAGGUUUCUGAAAGUCUGAGGAAAUUGGAGUUAUUUGAACAAAAACUCUGUAAAUCUUCCUGAGUUGCAUUGAACUUACUGAUGGGUGUGUCUCAAGCUUGUAUUGCUCUUCAUAAUGUACCUAGCAUUACAAAAAGUGAAGAUAAAAGGAAUUUGUGCAAAUUCAAGCAGCAUUCGGUGUCUGAACUGCUCACUGUCAAAUUUGUACCAUGUCCUAUCAAUUUUCCUGCUCAGUGGUGCCAUGAGAAUGGCCACACCGAGAAGGGAGUCAUUACUCACCUGAAAAUCUCUUCUGAAAGUUGAUUUGUAACUUUCAAAAAAAGUUGGUCUUAAAGAGGGGGAGGGAAGGAGAGAGAAAUACCAAAUGUUGUCAGCUGGUUGCAAACAGGAGGCUUUAUUUACUUUAGAUAAGCCCCUUUUCUGUCUGUUGCAUAAUUUCUGUCAUAAUCUUGUUUGCUUAUUUAAAAAAAAACAAACCACAAAGCAAACACAAAAUAAAAAUUAAAAUUAAGCGGCUUUAAUGAAUAGUUUUCUCCCUGGGAUGAUAUUCUAGAUUACUUCCAAGAUGUGUCCUCAAUACUGAGUUUUGGGUCUGUAUAGUAAACUUUAUUGAUGGUUUGAAAUGGAUUGGUGGUUGGGUGCUGUUCUCUGGGUAAAUCAUGUCAGCUUUAUACCGAUUGUAAUGCUCUUGGCUAGGACUGAAUGGAAGUUACUUGAGUGAGAAUUUCCCUGUGACACUAGAGGCUGAAAAUUGGCAUUGUGCAAUAUGCCUGGUUACAAUGAAGCAGCUUUACUGGAAUACAACAAAAAGACUGUGUUCUUAGUUAAAAAAAAAAAACAAACAGGCAGAUUUGAUUGUUUUACAUAGGUGAUUCAGAAGCUUAAACUUCCUUUUUUACAAAAAGCUAUUAAAGUAUCCUUUUGAAAUCACUGCAGUGAGUAAUUCUUACACUGCAUUCACAGUUAUCCCAAUGAGUGUGCACCAACUAAACCCACAUAUUUAAAAUUCCUGCAUCAGUGCCAUUGCUGCAGUAAUGAGAACCUGGACUUGCUGCAUUGGACAGACUUCAUCUGUACAAAAGAUAAAUGGCAACCAGAGAAGAAGCUAGGAAGAAAGUUUAAUAAGACACAGAAAGAAAUAUGAAGAGAUCACUGGAAAAGGAGCUUGGCUGUUCUGUUAUCAAAGCCGUGUAGGAGUUAGUAAGGUACCCAGGACAGUGCAGCAGUUGGGAUGGAGUGUUUUGGUUCAAGACAACAUUUGAAAGAAAUGGGAAAUCUUCAGGGAAGAUAAAUCCAGAACAAAGCCCCAGUAACCAGACUUCAAUAGCAAUGAUGCAAGAGCCUCAAGAAAUGGUGGAAGAGACAGUUACUGUGGAGGAAGACCCAGGCACUCCCACUUCCCACGUGUCUAUUGUCACUUCUGAAGAUGGAACCACAAGGAGAACUGAAACCAAGGUUACCAAGAUGGUCAAGACAGUCACCACGAGGACGGUGCGGCAGGUGCCGCUGGGGCCGGACGGGCUCCCUGCCAUGGACGGCUCCUCGCCCAUGGGCAGCUACACAGACUCCAUCGACAGGAGGUACCUGAAGAACGGGGAGCGCUUCGUCACCCCCCAGGCCUCUUCCACCCUGACCCGAUCCUACAACAGCUACAACGACUCGUACCCCGAGAGCCACGAGGGCCAGUACCGCCCCUACAUCGGCCACGACGGCUACGGAGACCUCUCGGACAACUACGGCAGCUUGUCCCGGGGCAUCAACUACCGGCCCCGCUACGCCUACGUGCCCGGGGGCACCUACCGGCCCGAUGAUGGCAGCUUCACCCUGCCCAGCAGGAGGGAGAACUACGGCCCCGUUGCCCAGCCCCAGGUGCCGGUGGGCAGCAGCGUCGACCUGAACCGCUCUCAGCCCGAGCGCUUCCAGCCGGAGCCCUAUGGACUGGAAGACGACAACCGCAGCCUCGGAGUAGAUGAUGAAGGGUAUGAACUGGAUCCGGAUUACUCCACUGUGAACAGGAGGACGUCUGCAGGUGUGCCAGAGAGAGGAAGGCCUCACAAAGGAAGGGGCUACGACGACCCCAUCGAGACGGAGAUGGUUGAGGAGAGGAUCCCGUACCUGCACGGCGGCUACGCGGCGCCGCUGGCUCAGCCGGAGCGGGGCAGCAUGGCCAGCAUUGACCGGCUGGGGAAGCGCUCGCCGUCCAUCGACAGCAUCCGCAAGGACCCGCGCUGGAGGGACCCCGACCUGCCCGAGGUCAUCGCCAUGCUCAGCCACCCCAUCGACCCCGUCAAGUCCAACGCCGCGGCCUACCUGCAGCACCUGUGCUACGAGAAUGACAAAAUCAAAAAGGACGUGAGGCACCUCAAGGGGAUCCCUAUCCUGGUGGGCCUGCUGGAUCAUCCGAAGCCUGAGGUCCAUCGUAAGGCCUGCGGGGCUCUGAGAAACAUCUCCUAUGGGAAGGAUAAUGAAAACAAAGUGGCAAUAAAGAACUGUGAUGGGAUCCCUGCAUUGAUCCGGCUGUUGCGAAAAACAAACGACAUGGAAGUUAGAGAGCUAAUUACAGGUACCCUGUGGAAUUUAUCCUCCUACGAGCCCUUGAAGAUGGUCAUCAUCAACCAUGGUCUGCAGACGCUGACCAACGAGGUGAUCAUCCCCCACUCGGGCUGGGAGAGCGAGCCCAACGAGGACUCGAAGCCGCGCGAUGCCGAGUGGACAACGGUCUUCAAGAACACCUCUGGCUGCUUGCGGAAUGUAAGUUCAGAUGGAGCAGAAGCACGCAGAAGACUGAGAGAGUGUGAUGGCCUGGUGGAUGCCCUCCUUCAUGCUCUGCAGUCUGCGGUUGGCAAGAAGGACACGGACAAUAAGUCUGUGGAGAAUUGUGUGUGCAUCAUGCGGAACCUUUCCUAUCAUGUCCACAAAGAGGUCCCUGGAGCUGAUAAGUACCAAGAACUCGAUGCUGGUCAGACUACAGGCACAGGAGGCUCCCAGAAGAAGAAGAAAGAUGAUGCUGGUUGUUUUGGUGGAAAAAAAGCUAAAGAGGAGUGGUUCAAUCAAGGAAAGAAGAAUGGGGAUUUGGACAGGAAUUUUGAUACACUUGAUUUGCCUAAGCGGUCUGAAGCAGCAAAAGGCUUUGAAUUAUUGUACCAGCCAGAUGUGGUCCGACUGUACCUCUCCAUCCUCACUGAAAGUCAGAACUUCAACACGCUGGAAGCUGCUGCAGGAGCUUUGCAGAACCUUAGUGCUGGCAACUGGACGUGGUCCACGUACAUCCGCGCGACGGUGCGGAAGGAGAGGGGGCUGCCAGUGCUCGUGGAGCUGCUCCAGUCCGACUCGGACAAGGUGGUGAGGGCUGUGUCCAUCGCCCUGAGAAACCUUUCCAUGGAUCGUCGCAAUAAAGAUCUCAUAGGUAGUUAUGCCAUGGGUGAGCUGGUAAGAAAUCUGCCCAGCAGGCAGCAGAGAUCUGCAAAGAACCUGGAAGAGGACACUGUGGUUGCAGUGUUGAAUACCAUCCAUGAAAUCAUUACUGACAGCUCAGAAAAUGCAAGGUCUCUGAUCCAGACACAGGGCAUUCAGAAGCUGGUAGCUAUCAGCAAGUCAAGCCAGUCUCCCAGAGAAACAAAAGCAGCAUCUCACAUCCUUCAGAUGAUCUGGAGCUAUAAAGAACUACGAAACGCCCUUCAGAAGGAUGGGUGGAACAAGUCACAUUUUCAGUCUGUUUCUGCAGCUCCAAAGGGCUCCAAAGGUACUGCUGGCAGGUCUGGCUAUGAUGACAGCACUUUGCCUCUGGUGGAUAAAAGUCAAGAUAAUGAGAAGUCUGGGAGUCGUGAUAUGAUACCUAUGGAUGAACUUGGCCCAGAUGGAUAUUCCACCAUCGACCACCGAGACAAGGAGCGCAAGUACAAGACCAGUGAUAACACAGGAGACGCUUCCGAGAAGGAACCUUUAAAAAAUGACACAAAUAGGAAAAACAUUAGCAGGAGUAACAGGGCUUCGGUGAAUCUGGUGGAUGCCCGUGACAUUAAACCCCAGCCUGUUGACUCUUGGGUCUAAUUUGCAUGCAUGGGCUAAAGUCCAACCACAUUUUUUUUUAAUUGAGGGGGGAGAAACAAACAUUGACUCGACCCAGAGGAUCUCAUCAGUCACCACUGCCAUUCAGACUGGGAGGGCUGCAGGUCCCAGGAGGGCGUGGGGAGCGAACCCACCCGAGUGCCAUCGCCCGGAGCACGAUGCCUUACAGCGAGACACUCUGCUGCUUAACUCCCUGACAUUCCCACUGGAAACAGCCACCGCCUCCCCCUCCCUCCCUCCCUCCCACUCCUGCAAGAAGAAAAGCAAGAAAAGAGAAUCCAAGCUUCCAUGUAGCUGGCUGCGUUCUUAGGUGACUCUUAACGCGCGGAUGGUGCCAAGUUGGAGAAGCGCACAUCAUGCGGCAGCUUCACAGCGAGAGAGGAACUGCGGGAUAUUUGAAAUGAUACCGUAGGUGUAGCCAUGAGGAGAAUAGCACUUUUCUGGUUUGGGGUUCAUUGUUUUGGUUUUUGUUUUGGGGGAUUUCUUUUGAACUGUGACUCUUAACGUUUUAAAGGCUUUCUGAAAAAUGUUUAGGUUUUCUUUAUUAUUCCCACAGAAGGUGCAGGAAUGUUGAGUGGGUUUAUUGGAUUUCAAUGAAGGGAGAAAAUGCAGAACAAAAACUAUUAAACGCUAGUUAAAUGAACUGGAGAGUGGAUGACAAAAUUGAUGCAAGCUGUAUAAUCUGCUUUUAGAGUAAGCUAUAUCAAUCACAGUGCUAUAUUAUCAUUAUAAUCUGGUGUACAAUACUUCUGCCUUUUGAAUUCUGUAAUGUCUCUGUUUUUAUUUCUACAUAUUGAAAAGCAGUUUAUGGAAGGUUUCAGUGUCCCUGGUUCAGAAAUAUGUGCUGAGAAAUGGAGUUGGCUGGCUUUUUAUUUUCAUGUUCUCAAAGAUUGCAAUAAGGAGCUUUUACAUGUUAACUGUAUCAUUGUUGCAUUGAUGAUGAUGAACUACUUUUGCCAUAGCUGUUAAGACAUUGAAGGAAAUAGGAGCGUUUUUGUAGGAUGUCUCAUUUUGAACACACUAUAAAUUUGAGAUGGUUCUGUCACUUACAUUUGAUAGUAAAUUUUUCAGUGUUGGAUCCAUGUUUGAUUUGGGCUAAAGAUCCUGAUGAAAAAUGCCAGAAAGGGAACUGGUUUGGCAUUUUAAAAUCAUUGUCAUGGUUUCUGUGUUCCUUUGCUUUUGAGAUUGCAUAUUGCAUAUUUUCACGUGGCGUGAAAAUCACCUGUGUGCAGCAGCUCUCCUCCAGGAUGCCAAGGCCUGCCUUCUGCAGGGGAAUGUUUACCUCAAGAAAACGUACUCUGCAAAUGUGGUAUCUGGAAAUGCCGAGGACGAAAUGAUUUCAGAUCACUGAUUUUCUCCAGGCAUUGGUCAAGGGAGGGCAGCAGAUGAGAAUAGGAAGCAAAUGUCUCAGUAUCAGCAUUUGAGAGGACUUUUGCUGAUUUUACUUGGUUGCCACUGUUCUUUGAUUGCCACAUUUAGUUUUAAACAAGCUCCUAAAAACAGUGUGACUGGAAAGCACAUCCUUGAGUCUAGCAAACAUCAUUUGCGGUUUUCAGUGCCUGCCGUUCCUUUUGUGACUAAAAAGGGGAAGUAUCCAACAAUCUUGCCUCCCCCAAAAUAUUACUGUAAUAGUAACCAUUACAUUUUUUGUAAAAAAAAAUUUAAAAAACUUUAAAAAAAGGCAAGUACCAAGAGCUUUGUAUCUUCUUGAGUAUAUUAAAAAUUUGACAUGAAUACAUAUAUAUAAAUAAAUAAAAAAGUCUAUAUAUCUAUAUAUAUAUAUUGUUGUGCAGAGAAUAGGUUAACAAAACAUGUAAAGUAGUUUGCAGGAGAGGGAAGCAUUUGUUGAUUCAGGGAAAAAGACUGAUGCCAGAAGCUGUCAGUGAUUUGGAUGAUACGUGUGCUGCUUCGCACCCUCCCUUUUUGACCUUCAUCUUCCACAUACGUUGCAGUGUCACUUCUGGAUCCUGGGGAAGGUGAAGUUGCUUGGAGCAAAUCAACAUAGCAAAGAUUUGUUUUUUCACCUGCAUGAGAGUCCUAUUGGGCCAAAGAUGCUCAGCGGAUCAAGGGAAGCAAAGAGAGGCACCUGUGACUAUCUGUGUCGGGGCAGUGUCUCUCUGUGUAGACAUAAAGUGUGGCAAUGAAACCAGAUACAUCGUCUGACUGUAUAUUAUAUCAAUGGUGCUCUUUUCAUACUUGUUCUGCCAAUACGCGGAGACCCUUUUAACCAAGCUACACAGAAGAGUUUUAUAUCACUUUUGGUUAUGUACUUGGUGUAUUCUUUUUGUAUAUGAAAGGAUUUUUUUAAAAACGUUCAGUAAUUAGCAAUGGAACCUGCUUUGUAGCUGACUAGAACAGUGUAAGAGAAGGGCCAUGCUGUCAGUCUGUCCCUGAUCUACUUCAAAUCAUAUAUUUACCAAAGGAGUCUGAGAAAAAGUUCACUUAAAAUAAAGACCUGACUGUUGAAAGGAGUCUCUGCUAAGACUUUGUGGUUUAGUUAUUGUGCAGAUAUUUCAAAGCCAGCAAGAAGUUAACAGAGAAAACUGCAGGAGGGAGCAAGUGAAGUGACUGGGGCCAAUUAUGGUCAUGACUUCUAAUCCUAGAUAUCCCAUGGCUCUUACUGGGACACUACAGGGACACUCAGAAUCUGGGUUGGAGUCUACAUUCAUCUGUGUCAUUAAUGGGCUUAAGAACAAAGGAUAUUUGAGAAGCAGAUUCAGAUCCCAUCUCACUUCUCCCGAAAGUCUUUUUUGGUAUUUACACUGCACCCUGAACUGUCCCUAUCAGGUUAGAUGGCACUGGCUGCCCAGGUCAUCGUAGCAAACUGUUCUUUGUUUUCCUGGGGGUGUUACAUCAGCCAGCAGAGUUGUGAGCUGACAGCAUGGUUUAUUGCUGCAGAAAAUCAGAGGAUGGUAUGUCAAGAAGUUGGAUACCAAGUUGAUGGGCCAAGGCUUCCCCUAGGAAUCACACAUCAAACCCCUACCCUUCCCAUGCCUUACAUUGACAACUAAUUUCCAAGUAUGUAGCAAUAACCCAUCCCUCAGCAUUACUGUGGGGUUUUUUCUACUCAACAAGCUGUUGUUUGGAUGGUGAGGAAAGAAAAAAGAUUGGAGGAUGACUUGUAUGUGACUGUCACCUUGUAUUAUCAGCCCACCUGCUGAGGUCCAAAGCAGGGUACUUUGAACCAGGUCUGGUGAUUUAAUGUCCUUUUGGUCAGUGGCGAGGGGCUCACUGGUGGGAUGUGUGCCAACCCCUGCCCUCAACUCUCCCCUUGUUGGCACAGGUGUGACUGGCUGUUUGAGCUGUUCUGGAAUGUGGGUGUAUGAACCCGUAAUUGUUGUAUUUUGGCAGCAGGGACUGUAUGUAAAGAAGGGAAAGUGGCAGUGUGUGUUGACUAAUGCUGCAGUAGGGUCUAGAGUCUCCUGCUAAAAGGCAGGCACUGCUUUUCAGGGCUCAGGUAUGUGACCUCCUCUUUUACUGUUGACUCCACAGUGAAAACAUGAGGGAAUCUGCCUGCAAGGGGCUGGGAUAGAAGAGAUUUCUACCUGCAGAAAUUGUAGUGGGAGGGGAUGGUUGUGGAAGGAAGUGAUGGUGUUGCAAGACUCCUGCUAAAGAUGAGGAGGAAAUUUGAUGGCCCAGUCAGGGCUGAGAUAACACAGGGGAGAGGGAGACUUCUGACAGCAUGUGAUGAGUGUAGAACCUUCUUCCCAGGAAGGUGGCUCACAUAUCUCCCAGGCAUUUUCACUGUGCUGUGCAAGUUGAAAAAACACUCUGUGCCAACUCCCCUGGAGAAGCAUUAAGUAGGUGUGCGAGCAGUUGUGCUUUACAGCUUCCCAGGUCAGUGUGUCUGCAGAAUCCAAGGAGAGGAAAAGGCAAGGCUGUAGGACAUUUGGUUCUGUCAUGGAUUUAAGUAGCAGUAUAGCCAUACAUACAACUCAAGGUGUGUUGUCAGUUUGAAAUGCUCUGUAGGGAACAGCUUGGGCAGCCAUAGGUCCCAAUCUUCAGUGUCUUCUGUUCUGGCGUAACUGCUGCCUAUCCCAGAUCUGUUCUCACAUGCUCAGACCUUCUGGUUCUGAAUGUGCUUCUAUCAGGAAAGCAAAUCUGGUCUCUGUUGCCAAGAUGCCCCUGGGGACUAGGAACUGACUUGCUGUCAGGGACACAUGAAGAAAGCCAGGAGUGGCAUGUCUGUUACAUCAGUUUCCUAAGUUCGUGCCAGCUCUGAGGAGCAGUUUCAGUAAUGCUUUCUAGCAGGAAAGCCUUGUGCUAGGCAAAGCAGUUUUCACUCCUACAGCAGUUUCAUGAGACUGAAGGUGGUGAGUUACCUUCUGUUACCUGCCUUAAGGUUGAGCAUAGGCUCAGCUUCCUGUGAGAGAGGUGCAUGUGUCAAACCCUCGAGUAAGCAAAGCUUCAGAAGCCAAAUGGGCACAUAAGAGUGGUUAUAGCCUCAUCUGCUGAGCGACUGCUGGCUCAGUGAAACCUACAAUGUGCCAAUACUUUCAGCCAGCAGGUUUGUGCUGUUGGGGUGGAGUUUUUGAAGGCGUUUAUAUAGGCGUAGUUUCUUGCAAAAUUUCUUUAUGAUGCCCCUAAAAUCUGGUGUUUCCUUAUCUUUGACAGAGAAAAUCUCUGAUUUCCUGAUACAGUAACUAAUCUAGUGCAUUUAAGGGGGAGAUAUUAUGAGCCUUUGUUUUCUGUUUAAAGUUUGACAUCAGGGUAGGAUGAUCUGAAGUCCAAGGUGAGGAGGAAGAUAGUGCAGAUACUACAAGGCCUACCAAUCUGGUUCUUACUGUUCAGAAAAAACAAAAUAACUAGACUAAGAAGCUUACUGGUAAUUAGUAGCUAAUGUGUUUGUAACUAUCAUGUGCCUUAAAAUUUUCAUGGUAGGAGAAUUUAAAAAAAUCAACAAUGUGUUUUCUGUAAUAACUGCUCAACAUUCUCUCUGUAGAUUAGACUGGUGGGAUUUUGCAUUGUAUUUACACUGUACUAUAAACUGAAACACUUAGAAUGGUUUGAUUUUACAAGUGUGGAGAGGAAAAAAGGUGGAUUAUGCUUUUCAUAGAACAAAUAUUACCGUGACAGAAUGUAUUAUUAUUAUGAUAGGAUCUUUCCAUAAUGCAGACAAGUAGAAUGCUUGUUAGAAACCAGGUAUGUAGGAUAACAGUUUGGUGUGUUUUCAAUAAACCAUGCCUGGAAAGAA